AUGGAGUCCGAGCUCUACCAAGCUGCCGUGAAAGGAAAUGUGCCUUCUUUUGCUUGAGUUGCUCGCAAUAUAAAUAAGCUGCUGCUCGACAGAAUCAUGACUGGGAAUCACUCCGAGACUCCUCUACACAUUGCAGCCAUGCUUGGACACUUGUAUUUCGUGGAAGAGGUCCUAGCUCAGAAGGCCGAGCUGGCAAGAGAGCAAGAAUCUGAGAGUUCGGCCCCUCUUCAUCUCGCGGCAGCAAAAGGGUACCAAGAAUCUCAGAGUUCGGCCCCUCUUCAUCUCGCGGCAGCAAAAGGGUACCUUAACGUAGUGGCGAGCUUGUUAAGAGUCAGCCCUGAGAUAUGUUUCGUCUGUGACAAAUACAAAAGAAACCCUCUUCACGUCGCAGCCAUGAAAGGGCAUGUAGAUGUGUUGGAACAGUUGGUUCGAGCGAGACCUGAUGCAGCCCGUAAUAUCGUUGAACAUGGCCAGACGAUCCUCCAUUUAUGCGUGAAGCACAACAAACCGGAAGCUUUGAAGUUUUUGAGAGAUAUCUUGGGUGAUGAUCGGUUCAUCAACUCGAGGGACGAAGAUGGUAACACAAUUUUGCAUUUGGCUGCUGCAUAUAGACAAACUGAGGUAUGUUCAUACAACCGAGCCUCUGCGCUAUUUAAAUUUAGUGAGCUUAUCAACAACAAAAGGCGGUUUUAGGAAACAUGAAUGUCCUAGAAAUAUUCGGAAGCUAAAAGAUAUCCAUUUACAAAUUACACAUGGUAUGAUAUUUGGAAAAGAAUUCAUUGGUCUAGAUAAUUAACUAAAACUUUAUACUUCACGCUAAAUUCUUACUAAUUUUAUCUAGAGUAGAAGCAACAUAAAACCAGAGAUAACAGAAGAGAUUCAACAAGGGAUGAGUUCCCCUUUUGGAGGCAUCAAAUAAUAGUCACAAACGCUAGAGAACUGCAAAACGCUAGGAGCAAAGUUAAUCUUGAAAUAUAUAUAACAUGGGCUUGUCUUGUUCAAACCUUACACCAAUUGGUAACAUCUGUUGUUACUCCUCUUCAGACUGUUGACUUCCUGAUUAAUAAAGGAGCAAACCUCAACAUUAUGAACUCCAGAGGCUUCACAGCACUAGGCCUAUUAGCACAAGGCCAAAG